AAUCGAUCCAGCAACUAUUGGAAGUUUGCGGGAGUGUAGGUGCGACAAGAAAUUUUCUAGUGGAAAUUGUUUUAUCUGAUGUCUGAGACCUUGAAACGUGGUAAAAUCUUAUAAACAUAAUAAUUGGUAAAUAUUGAUGUAUCAAUGAAGAUAAUUAAAUAUACUAAAAGGGUAGAUAGAAAAGAUUUUAGAUUAAAAGCGUGGAGGCUUAAAACAACAUUGACAAUACGAAAACCAAAAAGACAUUCUACUCGCAAGUUUACGAAAAUGUUUAUUCUUAAAAAUGCUACGAUGAAUAUUGCCAAUGAUACAAAUAUUAGUGCACAGAGUAUUCCUUCAGGUAAGAAUGUUAGCUGCUUCACACAAAGAACAAGCAGACGGCUGAAUUCUAGACACAGAAGGAAACAAAUAUGUGACAAAGAGACCAGUGAUCAAUCAUCUUCUGACAAUGAAUGUGUUACAGAUGACAUCACAAUAUAUGAUAACUCUAAGCAGCAGAGGGAAUUUGACAUCUCUGAUGAAGAAUCAGAAGAAGUGACAGACAAGUGGAUGCAAAUAUCAUUUGCUGAAGAGAGAAACUUGGAUUUGCCAAUUGUGGUGAAAAUGGACGACUCUGCUUUGUCAACUAUGCCAAAGAUUUUUGAGCAGGAGCAGAAUAGACAAUCUAAAGUAAACAUGUCUUACGAUAGGAAGUCCUUCAUGUCAGAAACAUGUUCCAGCGAGAAAAAGACAUUAAUUAUAAGUACCGAAUGUAUAAACCUUGAAGACAGUGUCCAUUCGUCAGUUGAACAUAGAAAGCGACCAUCGUGGUACGCGAAUAAGACUGACAGAACUGAAGAUAACGAGGUCGUUAUGAAUGUAUUACGAAAUGUUGCUGUUAAUAGCAGUAAUAAUGCUAGCAGCAGCCCUGCGCGCGGAGAAUUCAUCAGAAGUCUCAUAAGAUCUACAAGUGGCAACAGCGAUGUAGAAACUGACAGUUCGCAUUUCGAAGAUACAAGCGCGCUUUGCUAUGAGUCUGACCAUAACAAUGAGGUCGAAGACAAUGCAACUACUAGUAACAAUACAUCACAAGAUAUUGAGGUCACUAACAACAGUCUUGAUACUAGUCUCGUGUACAGAGAAUUCCCUUCGAGGGAGGAGCCCGAUCAACGAACAACAGGUCUUCAAGAUCCCGAAGUCGCCAGCGAAUCUGUGCGAAAGUACAAGAAGCCACAAUUAUAUAACAUCAGGAAUAUUGUGAUCGUAAUCAUGGAGAGCUGCAGUAGAUUCAGCUUCAACGGCAAGCUGUUGGUGAAAGUGCUGUACGGCGCCGUGGAGGUCUACGGUGCCGUCUUGGACGCAUCCAACGGUCCAAGUCCAGUGUAUUCUCCGUGGGGAUACAGCAGCGUCGUCGUGGAGACUAGCAAAGAGUCACCGGCAGCGAAAGGCAGCAUCGACGACAUAUGGACGGUGCUUUCUGCAGAAGGCAUCAUUCAACACUCGGAGAGCAAGCUGCGGAAGGACAUCAACAAGGUGGAAUCAGGUACGGCUGUGCUGGUGUUACGGAACUUCGACAACAAUCUCACGUACUUCCUGAAGGCUCACUCUUCGCUCGGAUUGUUUCCGAAAGUGAAAAAAUCCGGCUAUUAUCCUUGGACGCAUCAUCACCGAGCCGAGGUAGUGCUGCAAGCGCAACUGCGUUACGUUCAGCGCGACAGCCCGACUUGCAGGCAACUGGUCAGCUCGUUAGCCAUCAACCAGAUCGUUGAGAAAAUGUUGGUGUGCUGGCAUACGAAUAGCUGGUCGUGCACGAUGAUCGCUGGCGGCAAGAACGUGGGCAAGUCCACCAGCGUGCGUUUCUUGAUUAAUAAGCUGCUGCGCACUUGCGGGAAGGUAGUGUUGGUGGACGUGGAUCCCGGUCAGGCGGAGUGUACGCCAGCUGGCUGCGUCUCGUACAGCUUGAUCGAGCAGCCGCUCAUGGGGCCGAACUUCACGCACCUGCAGACGCCGGUUUACCAACUGUUCAUCGACGAGAUCAACGUUGCACGAUGUGUCCCGCGCUACUUGCAGAGCUUAAAGAUGUUAAUCGACAAGUUGAAGCAGUGCCCGGAACUGUCGCGGCUGCCGAUCGUCGUGAACACGAUGGGCUUCACGCAGUACAUCGGCUUAGAUCUGGCCAUCUUCAUGGUGAAGCUCGUUAGACCGUCUAUCAUCCUGCAGAUCUUGUCGUCGAAGAAGAGAAAUAAUUAUGCGCACUUGCUGAACGCGGACGUUGUGAACCAACAGAAAUGCAAGUGGAACGUGAUUGACGAUUGGGACAGCCCGUGCGAUCACGAGCUCUGCGUGAUACACUCCAACGCGGAGAACGAACUCACGCGGGCAACGAACGAGUUGAGCAUAGAGCCGUACCAGCAACGCGAGCUCGUGAUGAUUUCGUAUCUCAGUGGCAUCGUACGCGACAGCUACAACCAUUACGAGAAUCUAUCAGUCAGCAUCAACGAGACGUUGCCAUUCAUGGCGCCCUUCUCUUCCUUAUGCAUCAUUCCUCAACGAUUGCUAGGCGUGCCAGACACGCACGCGUUGAGCGUCAUAAAUGGCAACAUAGUGGCACUGUGCGGCAUAGAUUUGACGAAAGAGUCGGCGCAGGUGUCCGACAACACGUCGAGUCUUAGAGUGCUCACACAGAGAUCGCCUUUGUGCACCUGCUACGGAUUUGGUAUAGUACGAGGGGUCGAUAUGGAACAGCAACUAGUGUUCAUCAACACCCCACUGCCCAUAUCGAUGAUGCAGCACAUCAACUGUUUGGCAGGUUCCAUUCCCAUUCCGCCGACGCUGUUGCAGCUGAGCCACGGCGCGCCGUAUGUCGGUGGGGAUCAGACGCUGCCGACGAGUCGUGUGGUCCGUAAAGGUUACUUCCGAAUGAGAUCCCGAAAGAGGCCGAAUAACUCAUGACAAAGUCACAAAGUAAUGUAAAUAUACCGCUAAACACACACUGAUGUCAUAAGAACACUCGGGGACAUUAGCGUCAUGAACCUUUUUUGUAAGUUACAUGCAUCACACAGAUAUGCUGUCGAUCACAUUGGAAUGCGCAAGAUCGCCGAUACCGAACAAUACAUAUGUACAUAUGUAUAUAUAUGCUAUGUAUGUAUAUACAUAUAUCUGUGUAGGUAUAUAUCACAAACGUCAUAUAUGCUAAACUUUGUAAUUAUUAUCUAAACCUUGUAAUUACUUUACUUGCAUGAUUUGCAACCUUACGUGUCAGGUAAAUUGAAAGUGUGUAUAGAAAGUCGUAAAAAACUUUAUAUGUACAUAUAUACACAUA